ACACUGCGCAUGCGUCAGGAGGCUUUAGUGAGCCAUUUGUCUCCUGCGUUUCUACUGUCAUUACUGCCACACACAAGAUGAAGUGUUACUCAAGUUAUUUGUAGAAGAAAAAGAAAGACGCAGCGCUGGCAACGAGCGAGUAACGUCUGGAUGUUAUAAAAAUAGAAGGCGCGAAGCAAGCGCUGGUGUUUCCGUCUGCUGAGAAACCAUUUUAUGACUGCCAAUGCAUCUGAGCCGUCAGGUUAACGUUGGACUCGUACUCUCGCUGGCUUAACGUGGCUAAGCUAACCUGCCUCGCCUGUCGUGAAUGGGUUGGCUGAACAAGCUGCACCUGGAAGAAACGGCGACUUUGCGAACAACAUGGACACGGCCGAAGAAGCCGAUAUUUGUCGCGUCUGCCGCUCCGAGGGGACCCCAGACAAGCCUCUGUACCACCCCUGUGUCUGCACGGGCAGCAUUAAAUUCAUCCACCAAGAAUGUUUGGUCCAGUGGCUGAAACACAGCAGGAAGGAGUAUUGUGAAUUAUGCAAGCACAGAUUUGCAUUCACACCAAUCUACUCCCCAGACAUGCCUUCACGGUUACCCAUUCAGGACAUAUGUUCGGGCUUGCUGACCAGUGUGGGCACGGCAAUCCGCUACUGGUUUCAUUACACGCUGGUGGCUUUUGCUUGGCUCGGCGUGGUUCCUCUUACAGCAUGUCGCAUCUACAAGUGUCUUUUUACUGGCUCUGUGAGCUCACUUCUGACACUGCCUUUGGACAUGCUGUCCACAGAGAACCUGCUUGCGGACUGUCUACAGGGCUGCUUUGUGGUCACCUGCACUCUGUGUGCAUUCAUUAGCUUGGUUUGGCUCAGAGAGCAGAUAGUCCAUGGCGGUGCACCCCAGUGGUUAGAACAGCACCAGGCAGCACCGCCCAAUGCAGCUGGGCAAGCCAAUGAGGGACCAGCAGCAGGCCCAGGAGCAGCUGAUGAGCCCCCAGCUCACCCAGCCCCUGCAGAACCACCAGCCCAGAAUGAGGCAGAACCAGAGCCCCCUGAUCCACCAGAGCAGGGCGAUGACCCCGAGCUGGAAGAAGAGGAGGGAGUUGCCGCUGAAGACGCCGACCCCAACAAUGGAGCACAAGAUGACAUGAACUGGAAUGCUUUAGAAUGGGACCGAGCGGCUGAAGAGCUCACAUGGGAAAGGAUGCUUGGCCUGGAUGGAUCCCUCGUUUUUUUGGAGCAUGUCUUUUGGGUGGUGUCUCUUAACACACUCUUCAUCCUGGUGUUUGCAUUUUGUCCCUACCACAUUGGACAUUUCUCUGUCGUGGGUCUUGGCUUUGAGGAAUAUGUUCAAGCUUCCCAUUUCGAAGGCUUAAUUACAACCAUUGUUGGCUAUAUACUGCUGGCGAUGACGCUCAUACUCUGUCAUGGAUUGGCUGCUCUGGCUCGGUUUCAGCGCUCCCGACGUCUUCUGGGAGUCUGUUACAUCGUUGUCAAGGUGUCCCUGCUGGUUGUUGUGGAGAUUGGUGUUUUCCCGCUGAUCUGUGGCUGGUGGCUCGACAUCUGCUCUCUAGAGAUGUUUGAUGCGUCCCUGAAAGACCGCGAGAUGAGUUUCAAAUCAGCACCUGGCACCACCAUGUUCCUUCACUGGCUUGUUGGAAUGGUCUAUGUCUUUUACUUUGCUUCUUUCAUCCUACUUCUGAGAGAGGUGCUGAGGCCUGGAGUGCUGUGGUUUCUAAGAAACCUCAAUGACCCAGAUUUCAACCCAGUUCAAGAGAUGAUCCACCUUCCCAUCUACAGACACCUGCGGCGGUUCAUUCUCUCCGUGGUGGUGUUUGGUUCCAUUGUGUUGCUCAUGCUGUGGCUACCCAUUAGGCUGAUUAAACUACUCAUGCCCGCUUUCUUGCCAUACAACGUUAUGCUCUACAGCGAUGCCCCGGUCAGCGAGCUGUCUUUGGAGCUAUUAUUACUUCAGGUCGUGCUGCCAGCUUUAUUGGAGCAAGGACACACUCGGCAGUGGCUCAAAGGCUUAGUUCGUGCCUGGACAGUCAGUGCUGGAUAUUUACUAGAUCUGCACUCUUACCUCCUUGGAGAACAAGAAGACAUUGAUGCUAACCAGCCCGUGAACAACAACAACAACCCUCCCCAGGGACACCAUAACAACAAUAACAACCCGCCACCAGCUGUUGGUGAGGGGCUGCAUGCGGCUCACCAGGCCAUCUUGCAGCAAGGCGGACCAGUGGGCUUUCAACCGUACCAUCGACCUCUACGCUUCCCAUUCAGGAUAGUUCUGCUGAUAGCGUUUAUGUGUAUGACACUGCUGGUGGCCAGUCUGGUGUGCCUUACCCUUCCAGUGUUCACUGGACGCUGGCUAAUGUCCUUCUGGACGGGAAGCUCUAAGAUCCACGAGUUGUACACGGCAGCAUGCGGCCUGUAUGUCUGCUGGUUGUCGAUCCGCGGAAUCACAGUGCUGCUGGCUUGGAUGCCCCAGGGACGCACCAUUAUAAUGCUCAAAGUUCAAGAGUGGACGCUCAUGAUUCUUAAAACUGUGGUUGUUGCUCUGCUGGUGGCUGGAGUAAUUCCACUGUUGCUGGGUCUGCUCUUUGAGCUGGUCAUUGUGGCUCCGCUCAGGGUACCUCUAGAUCAAACCCCCCUCUUCUACCCUUGGCAGGACUGGGCUCUUGGAGUGCUUCAUGCCAAAAUCAUAGCGGCCAUCACUCUGAUGGGUCCUCAGUGGUGGCUGAAGACUGUUAUUGAGCAGGUGUACGCCAAUGGAAUUCGCAACAUUGAUCUUCAGUUCAUCAUCCGUAAACUGGCAGCACCCGUCAUCUCAGUCCUGUUGCUGUCCUUAUGUGUGCCCUACAUGAUCGCGGCUGGAGUGGUGCCUGCUGUCGGCGUGACCCCAGAAAUGGAGAUUCUAAUGCAGAGGAGAAUCUACCCAUUCCUUUUGAUGGUGGUCUCUCUCAUCGGCAUCCUGUCCUUUCAAAUUCGACAGUUCAAGCGUCUUUAUGAGCACAUCAAGAAUGACAAGUACCUGGUCGGCCAAAGGCUUGUCAACUACGAAAGGAAAGCUGCAAGAGCAAGCUCAGCCCCUCCUUCUGACCCAAUCACGGAAUAGAUUUUCAUCUGUGACACUGCGUACAUCGCUCCCAAACCCCUUUUUGAUUCGUAACUCAGUCACCGGACUGUAAACGUUUAGAAUCUCCACUGGUUAACGGUGGAUUUCAUGGAAGUUAUUCAAGCCCUGACUUCCCUUUGAUGCCUAUUAUAGGUAAGAAGGGAAACAUGUAUUAUAAUCACAGGACAGCAAAGUAAGCACGAGAAGGAGAGGUUUUGAUUUUUUUUAGUUUUAACGUUCGUAAUGUCAUUCUCGCCUUGCUUUGUAAAGAGCUGCCUGAUAAUUGUACAUGUGUAAAUACUUUGAAUGCAGAUUUUGUCUUACAAGAAAGACAUGGAUUAAUGCUAUGAAAUGGCCAUUGUACAUCUUAAAAAGUGUAUGUAUAAUUUAUUAAAUCAAACUGGCAAUUUGUUGGUUGUGUUGAUGACAA